AUGUUAGAAACAAUUUUAUUUGCUAUUUUUAUUUGGUCAUUAAUAAUUUUAAAAAUUAUUUUCCGUUCCACCCCACACCAAACCCAAACCAAUAGCCACACCCAAACCAAUAACCACACCCAAACCAAUAGCCAAACCCACAUCAACAACGACACCCACUCCAACAACCACAAAAUUAACGAAACCACAAAUUCUACCCCAGUUGAUCAAUCCCCAAAAGAAAAAAAUAAGUAUGAUAGUUCCUCAACAUACUAUUAUUCCGCAUACAAAAAUAUAUAUUGUUGUUCCGAAUAUCAUAAUAAUCAAGACAAUUCUGGUCGUUCCUCAGUAACCCAAGAAAUUUUAAGUCAUGCCCCAAAGGAACCAUCACAACCAGAAAAUGUAUUUCCAAAUUCACCAUUCGACCAUACCAGAGAAAGAAUGGAAAAAGAAAAAAUGGAAAUAUUAAAAAAGGAACAACAAAAAGAAAAUGAAUAUAUGGAACAAUUAAAAAGAGAAACCCAAGUAAGAGAACGUAUUGAAAAAUUAGAAAAAGAAAGAAAAGAAAGAGAACAUAGAGAAUCUUUGGAAAGACAAAGAUUAAAAAAAGAAAGACUAGAAAAAGAAAUUAUAGAACGUAGAGAAGCUAAGGAAAAGCAAGAAUAG